ACGACAUACCACUGCUUUUAUUUUCUAUUGUGCCCGGAAAGCCUGGCCCUCGCUUCCGAUAUUUCUUUACACACGUACGACUACCAUUCGCGCUGACAUCUUGCAGGCACAAUCAGAGCCACAGGGCCAGAGUCAAAUCAGCCACUUUUCCAGUCGAAAACGACAUUAUUAACAAAAAACUGGUUUUUGAGCAUGGCAUCAGCGCGCGUAAGUGGCGCCAGUAUUCUAACGAGGCACUGGCGCAAGGCGUUCUACGGCAUCGGCGCCUUUUCGGUCUUCACAUUCACCACCGACAACAUAGUGACGCUGCAGAUGAUCAGCGGGCGGUCGAUGCAGCCGGCGCUCAACCCAGACUCGAGCCGGCUGUGGCGCGACAUCGUGCUCAUGGACCAGCGCGUGCGCGGUGGCAUGUAUGUGGAGCUGCUGAAGCGCGGCGACGUUGUCACAUUUGUGUCACCUUCAAACCCAGAUCUCCUCCUGGUCAAGCGCAUUAUUGCGCUGCCGCAUGACUGUGUGGUUCCUCUGAGCAGCACUGACUCGUUUGUGAGGAUACCUGCGGGUCAGUGCUGGGUCGAAGGCGACGAGUCCUUUCAUAGCGGCGAUAGCAACUCGUUCGGCCCCGUGCCCAUGGCGCUGUUGAGGGGCCGCGUGCUGACGCCUGUGUGGCCACCGUCGAGGCUGGGCGCGCGCGUGGCUGGCAUGCCCGAGUGGAAGAAGUCCCGGGUCUACGUGGAUGGACGCACUCGGCUGUCCUCAGCCUCUUGAAUUAAUAUGUUGGUUGAUCAAAAUCAAUGCAUAUGAAUGAAUAAGCCCCAGGAUCUAGAUCCUACAGCUGAAUUUGAUUUAGAAAAAAAACCCCGCGUGAUUAUAUUAUGCUCCUUGACUUUUCGUCUUUGCUCUCUUUUUUAUUUUUCUC